CUGUUUACUUACUACCAAUGCGAUUGUUUCAGCGUCACCUAUAUUACGGCCGCCGACGCGCGAGUAUGGAAGGAGCGAUUUCAUCGCGAUAGCGAGGUUAGCUCGCCGGUUAUCAAUCGAUUGUCGCCAAAGGUUUUCCCGAAGUUCUACCGAAGUCCUUACCUUUCACGAAGGGAUUCACCCCAGCGUGACACGGACGACACUGAGCCGCCAUCAGAAUCAUCAGAGAUCGCCGUGAUGCAGUCACCUAUGGAGACAUCGCAACAUGUCGAAAAGGAUGAGGUCGAAAAGGCUGAGGUCAUCGCUGAGGAACAGCCUGAACCGCAAACCAGCGAGGAAAAACCGCUCGAUCCGUCUAUGUUGGAGGAAUUUGCGCUCAAUUUAAUCAAGGACAUCAAAAUUUUUCAUCAGAUUUGA